AUGACCACUUACAUGCGCAUACCUCAACAAUCCCGUUCCUUACCCGUCGUGUGCGUGGGGGAGGAGGUGGAGAAAGCGCUCGCGAAGCUUGUGCCCAACAAUGUACCGCAGCUGCCUGGAAGACCCGACCCCAAGCGGCUGCCCGCGCCGGAGAGCGCGCGCAAGCUGCGCCUGGCGUUCCGCAGCAAGCUGGCGCUGCCGCUGUACACGGGCGCGCGCGUGGAGGGGGAGGGCGGGCAGGCGGUGCACGUGGUGCUGCAACACGCGGACACGGGACAGACGGCCAUGGACUUACCUGAGUCGAAUAUGAAGCUCGAAGUUGUGGUGUUGGAAGGGGACUUCAACAAGCCUAUUGACGACGACUGGACGCAGGAGGAGUUUGAGCAGAACGUGGUGAAGGAGCGCGAGGGCAAGCGGCCGCUGCUGACGGGCGAGGUGACGUUCAACCUCAAGGACGGCGUGGGCACGCUGGGCGACCUCUGCUUCACCGACAACAGCAGCUGGAUCCGCUCGCGCAAGUUCCGCCUGGGAGUUAGGGUGGCGUCCGGGCAGGAGCAGGAGGGUGGGGGCCUGCGCGUGCGGGAGGCUAAGACGGAGGCUUUCACUGUGAAGGACCACCGGGGGGAAUUGUACAAGAAGCACUAUCCGCCGAAGCUGAACGACGAGGUGUGGCGGCUGGACAAGAUCGGCAAGGACGGCGCCUUCCACAAGCGCCUCAACCAGUCCGCCAUCGUCACCGUCGAGGACUUCCUGCGCCUCAUUGUCAUGGACCCACAGAGGCUGCGCUCGAUUCUCGGCUCGGGCAUGUCGAACAAGAUGUGGGAGGGCGUGGUGGAGCACGCCAAGACGUGUGCGCUGAACGGGAAGCUGUACGUGUACUACGCGGACGAGAAGCAGAACAUUGGCGUCAUCUUCAACAACAUCUUCCAGCUCAUGGGACUCAUUGCUGACGGCCAGUACAUGUCCGUCGACCUUCUGUCUGAUUCCGAAAAGCUCUACGUGGACCGGCUAGUGACCAUGGCAUACAACGACUGGGACAGCGUUGUGGAGUACGACGGGGAGGCACUCAUUGCCUCGCAGCGGGCCGCAGGGCAGACAGCUGGGGGGGACAAGGCAGGGCCGUCGUCGGGGCCCACUGUGUCGGUGACUGCUGGGGCGUCCACUGCUGCUGAGGGGCAGGGCACUGCCACUUCCCUCGAUGACUCUGAUGGGCCGCAAGGUGGCUCCUACCAAAGCGACUCGUUGCAGCAGCAGGGUAUGUCGGGCAAUGCGUCGUUGCUACAACAGCACGUGAGGCGCCAGGCAUUGGCCAACGACCAAGCGCAGGCUGCGGAGCAGAAGCAGCAGAACCAGGAGAGCCAGAACCAGCAGCAGAGCCAGAACCAGCAGCAGCAGCAGCAGCAGCAGCUGCUUCAACUGGGCCUGGGUAGACAAAGCGGUCAGCAGAACCCCCCACAGCCGCAGCAGCAGCAGCAGCAGCAGCAGCAGCAGCAGCAGCAGCAGCAGCAGCAGCAGCAGAUGGGGUACGGAGGGGGUGUGGGAGGGAUGGGAGCCGGCAGCUCAGGAGGAGGAGCAGGAGGGGUACUUUGGGAUGGCUCUACUGCCGCUGCAGGGGGUGGGGAUGGUCACAUGGGCGGUAACAACAACACUGUUACAGUGGGCCCUGAUCCUUUCGCCAAUGCCAUGGUUCCCUUUGGUGCUGCUACUGGUGAUGGCACCGCUGGUGGUGGUGGUACUGGCGGUUUGGGAAUGGACGGGGCGGGAGGGCUGGGAGGAGGGGGCAUAUCGGGGUGGGCGUCUGGAGUGGGGAACGCGAGCAGUGGGGCGGCAGGAACAGCAGCGGCUGCAGCUGCACUGUUUGGUGGGCCUGGGGGGUUCAGUGGGCACCUGGAUGACUUUGGGCUGUCCGAGGAGGAUCUGCGUGCUAAGAGCCUGGAGCUGCUCGAGAAUGAGGACAUGCACCAACAGAUGCAGCAGCUGCUAGGACUUAUCAACGACUACACGCCGGCAGGAUCAGCAGGAACCAUUACAGCCAACCUACAGCACGACGACAACGAAAUAGUCUUCCAAGGGGGGUUCCUCACUCCCUCCGCGCCUACUGGUGCUGUGGCUGCUGGAGGCUCAGCAGGGGUUGCCGUAGGGGGAGGGGUUGGUGGGGAAGGGGUGGGACCGGAUGGCGCGUCGCACUUAAAGCAUACGAGCAAGUCCUCCGCUUUCCCUGCUUCCUCCGCUUCCCUCGCUCCCGCCGCCUUUGCCGCGUUCCCCGCGCAACCUUCUUCGUUCCUCCACCAAUCGUGUGGCCGCCACACAUCGCCGGCUUUUUCCACGUCGUGCGGUCACCUUCCGCAUUCUCCGCCCAUCACCUCUCCCGCGCGCGUUUCCGGGGGACAAGCAGCCCUUUUCCCCGCGCUCUCGUCCUCCGCUAGCCUCGGCGGAAGCAUCAAGCUAAGAAGUAUCAACGGCAGAGCUGCAUGUGUACGAGCGUACGCGUUACAACAAGUCCACGGCGCGUCGGCGGAACGCACAUGCGCGCGGAAGCUAUUGCCGCUAAGCCCCCCCGCGCCCCUUGGAAUCAAGCAUUCGUUCCCGUCCGUUACCCCCUGUUCUCCGUUCGCGAGCCCGUCGCAGCAGCGCCUGGGCGACUCCGUGCGAUGCUGCGCGAACGCCAGGCGACGCGCCGAUCGCGAGCCGCUGCUGACGCACACAGUGGAAGAGUGA